UAGUAGUGGAUCGAGAGUGUGAGAAAUCGUACUGCUUUUACACAUAAAUGAAGUCGUACUCUCACUAAAGCCAACCAAAGAGAGAUGUAAGUAGAAAUCUAAAUAAAAUCCCUGAAAAUCUGAAAGCUACACUUCCGUUUUCAUCUCUGUCUCUGUGGUUCAUUGCCGACGAAGAAGUAGAAGACUUGCCUACAAUAAAUAAUGGCUGCAGCCUUGGAGUGCUGGUCGAGCCGUGCCGGAGGUGGUGGUGGCGGUCCCGACGACGAUCUUGUCGAUCAGGUACUCAUGCGCACUCACGACAGGUCCGAGUCACUUAUUACGUCUCCGCCUGAUACCACUUUGGAGAACGAAGGAGGAUCCACGACGGUUUUCGAUCAGAGCUCAUCGGCUAUGCAGAAGCGGUUUCACCGUCUCAGCCGGAAUGUGUCAGGGGCGAUUGCGUCGCUUAAAAACUCGCUCAGUCUCGAUAACGCCCGGGAUAACCAGAGCGUCGGUGGAGCUCCGUCGCCUAAGGCUGAAGCUGGUGGUGGUGGUGGGAGGAAGCUCGUGUGGGCUACUGUAGUGAGGAAUCUUGCUAAGAUGUAUCCUGGUAGUCAGUUACCGGAGAAGCUCGUAUCUAAUCUCAAGAAACAUUACGAUUCCUUGCCCUUCAGUUACAGUCAGGCUGAUUUCGAUAUGAAAGAAGUAUUCUUACACGUUAAGUUGAUAGAGCAAGCUUCCGGAGAUGACAAUCCUGUGUUUAUGAUUCAAGAAGUGUCUGCUGAGGAGCCUCGUGGUUCAGUCCUCAGACUCACCUUCGCUUGCAACUCUUCUCUUUCUUGGUCAACUAUGUCAGCCGCUCUUGAUGGUGCUUCCAUUUCUUGCAAGAAGAUACAAAUCUUUGAGAAGAAAGGGUUGACUCUCGGUGUUGUUCUUCUUCUGGAUCAAUCAGGGCAAGAGAAUAUGUUUAAAACCAGGGUUGAAAACGCCCUCAAGGUUGCAACCAGGAAGCCAAAACCGACUUCGGUUAAGCUUCCUUUUGGGCUUUGUGGCUGUCAAGAACAGAACGGUGGUGUAGGGGAACUUGGUGGUGUUGAAGAAGAGUCCAUUCCGCAUAGUAAUAGGCUAGGGGUAGAAAACUCGAAUAGUAUGAUCCAGCUUCACACUCCACUUCCUAGUUCUUCAUUUGCAGUAUCAGUAGAUGAAUGGCAGACCAUCCAAUCAGGUGGCAAUGAGAUUGGAAAGUGGCUAUUGAAUUCUGAUAGUUUUGAGUUCGGUGAUCAGGUUGGUCCAAAUUCUUUCAAAGGAAUUUUCCGCGGAAAAAGAGUGGGAAUUGAGAAACUAAAAGGUUGUGAUAAGGGGAAUUCAUAUGAGUUCGAGCUCCGGAAAGAUUUCUUGGAGCUAAUGGCUUGUGGUCACAAGAGCAUUCUGCAAUUUUAUGGCGUUUGCAUCGAUGAGAACCAUGGAUUAUGUAUUGUGACAAAGCUGAUGGAAGGUGGGUCACUCCAUGAACUGAUGUUGAAGAAUAAGAAGCUUCAAACCAAGCAGAUAUUGCGAAUUGCUAUAGACAUAGCCGAAGGACUGAAGUUCAUGAAUGAUCAUGGUGUUGCUUAUCGGGACCUUAACACGCAAAGAAUACUACUAGAUAAAAAUGGCAACGCCUGUUUGGGUGAUAUUGGAAUAGUCACUGCUUGUAAGAGCUUUGGUGAGGCUGUGGAGUACGAGACUGAUGGCUAUCGAUGGCUUGCACCUGAGAUCAUAGCUGGUGACCCGGAAAAUACGACAGAGACUUGGAUGAGCAAUGCAUAUAGUUUUGGAAUGGUACUGUGGGAGAUGGUGACGGGAGAGGCGGCUUAUGCAACUUGCUCGCCUGUGCAGGCGGCAGUUGGGAUUGCGGCCUGUGGCCUAAGACCGGAUAUCCCAAAGGAAUGCCCUCAAGCCUUAAAAACUCUGAUGAUCAAUUGCUGGAACAACUCCCCCUCCAAACGCCCAAACUUCUCUCAUAUCCAUAACACGUUGCUCCGCGCCAUUUCACGCUAAGCUUGGUUUUUAUUCGGUGAGAUUGUAUUGUAAAUUCAGGUUGUAACACUAAAAAUCGUAAUUAUUAUAUAUAGUAUGUGAUGAACAUAAUGGUGAUAUGAGUUGUGUUGGAAACAUUAAAGGGGUAGGGUACGUGUAGGUUUUGGUUUGAGAUACUUGUGGUGUGGCCCUUGAGGACCCAUCUCUUUUGUCUGCUUAAGGCCAAAACUAAUGCCUUCAAAUUCAUUUUUCGCCAUUUGUAAAAGGCAUUGUGCAUUAAAAACUUAAAAGUAAAAAAGCUUGAGGAUUUGUGGUUU